CGCACCUUCCUCAUCCUUGUGACCACUAACAUUGAUUUCACCUUUUGCUAGCUGUAGCUUUGCUAAGUAGCCAGGUGCUCAAGUCUUGUGAUUGACGCGUGCCCACUAUACCAUGCCGGAGAAAGGAAGGAAGCCGGCGGGGCUCAUCAUGAAGACGCUGGACCGGUGCCGCAGCGCGCGGAGGAGCAAGCCGGCGCCGGCGCCGGAGGGGUGCUUCACGGUGUGCGUCGGCGCGGGGCGGCAGCGCUUCAUGGUCCGGACGGAGUGCGUGAACCACCCGCUGUUCCGGGCGCUGCUGGAGGAGGCCGAGGAGGUGUUCGGGUACGCGGCCGCCGGCCCGCUCGCGCUGCCGUGCGACGCCGACGCCUUCGUGCGGGUGCUGGAGCAGAUCGAGGAGGAGGACGCGGCUGGCCAGGCGGCGGCGACGACCGUGGCGAGGUGCGGCCUUGUCAGGGGCCACUCCGCGUACGGCCGGCUGCUCGUCCCCGCCCGGCCUCUCCUCGUCGGCCGGUCCUAGCAUAGCUAGGAGGUCAGGUGACGACGGUGCUUGAUCUCACGCCGAUCUGCACGGGAGAUGAGUAUAGUCUUGUGUACUGAAUACUGAUAUGAAUCGUGUGCAAAACCAUGUACGUAGAUGCCAACCGCCAUAGGUGGUUCGUGCGUCGUAGCAGUUGAUGAGUUCUUGCGCUCUAGCUUUUGUUGAGGAGUGCUUAAGUAAUCUUGACAUGUUUAUGGCAAUUGGCAUAUAUAUUGGUGGUAUAUAUGAUGUACUAUGUUUGUGCCCUCACAUGAAGAAUUUGUUAGUGACAAA